GUGUACGUGUGUGUGUCCCCGUCAUAGACAGGUAUAAAUAUCAGUUCACAGUGAGGGAGUUGAUAAUUGAUUUCGGAGUUCUGCAAAGUCACACAAGAAGCUGUUUUUUGAUCAUGGCUGACUAUGACUUGGUUCUGAGAUGCUGGGGUCCAGUGGAAGCCGACUACAACACACACGGCGGGCUGGUUUUGACCCGUUUAUUCACAGAGCACCCGGACACCCAGAAGCUGUUCCCCAAGCUCGCAGGCGUAGGGGAGCUGGCAGCCAGUGUGGCGGUCGCAUCCCAUGGGGCGACGGUCCUGAAGAAGCUGGGGGAGCUGCUGAAGACCAGGGGCGACCACGCGGCUCUGCUCAAACCCCUGGCCACCAGCCACGCCAACGUCCACAAGAUCCCCAUCAACAACUUCAAGUUGAUCACAGAGGUCAUUGCAAAGCAUAUGGCGGAGAAGGCGGGGCUUGAUGCUGCCGGGCAGGAAGCUCUGAGGAAAGUGAUGUCUGCGGUCAUUGCCGACAUUGAUGCCACCUACAAAGAGCUGGGAUUCUCCGGGUAAUCACUUCACCAGUGAUCCACCCUGGUCCUGCUUCGGUCCCCCAAUUUUUAAUAAAAGUAUGCUAAUUAAACACUGUUUAUCGUAGUUUUCCUUCACAGGCAUCACAAUUCUAGUAAUAAAAAGAUUCAGUUUAC